AUGAGGGCACCAAAGGGAGCCAACGAGUAUGGGACACCAGAGAGAAGCAGCAAAAACGAGCACAUCAAUGGGUGUACGCAUGUAAGCUUAUAUUGGCCCAUGCCGUCUCAACCCAUUGCUCUUCAUCAGUGGGCGGAACGUUGA